GAUAACGUGGUGAAAUAARACAGGAGUUUCGUCGUCAAAAAUUUGAUUUUUUGAACUCCAAAAAGGAUUCAUAAAAUGCCGGCGAUUGAUGCUGAAACAGAAGAAAAACCAAGCUGGGCUGAUUUGGUAGAAGAGGCUGGCGAAAAUGGAACUCCUUCUAGUCAGUUGCCAGCGAGAACAGAGGUUACAGAAGGCGACAAAAAGAUUGUAACACAAUACAGAAGAGAUGAAGAUGGAAAACUACAAAAGGUUGUUACUACAUACAGAGUAGAAACUAUCAAAGUUCCUAAAGACAUAGCUUUGAGAAAGUCAUGGCGGAAAUUUGGRGACUGUAAAAAUGACAAACCUGGCCCUGAUACAUCAACAACAAUCAUCGGUGAUGAUGUCUUCUUGACUUUGAUGACAAACAAAGAGAAUCCAGACAAUAGCCAUGAUGAUGAUCCAUUAAAGAAACUGUCAACCCAAAAGAUUGUGUGUUGCCGUAUUUGCAAAGGAGACCAUUGGACAACAAAAUGUCCUUACAAAGAUCAACUUGAAAAUAUUCAACAACAACUUAAAGAAGAUGAAGCUGGACAACCGGGUACUCCUCCAUCAGAACCUGAUAACCAACCAGCAGCWAGCUCAUCUACAGGGAAAUACGUUGCACCAGGGUUAAGAGAAGGUGCCAACAGACGUGGUGGGGACAGCAUGCAGCGUAAUCAAAGAGAUGAAACUGCAACAAUAAGAGUCACAAACUUGUCUGUGGAGACCUUUGAAUCUGAUCUCCAGAGUCUCUUCCGGCCAUUUGGUCCCAUAUCAAGAAUAUUCUUGGCUAAAGAUAAAGUCACAAAUGCAUCAAAGGGAUUUGCAUUUAUCAAUUUUGUUCACCGAGAAGAUGCAGCCAGGGCUAUCAAGACCUUACAAGGCUUUGGAUACGAUCACUUGAUUCUCAAUGUCGAAUGGGCAAAACCGUCAUCGAAUCAAAAUUAAGCUGGUUAUCAAUUGUCAUUCUAAAAUACAUGUAUACUGAAUAACAAGAMAUUUAGCCAAAUAAAUGAUUAGCCAUAACCAUG